GCCGAGGAGAAGCGCCGCGCCCACCAGAAGGAGUUGGCCACCCAACUCAACGAGGAGGCCCGCCGGCGCCUGACCGAGCAGAAGGGCGAGCAGCAGAUCCAAAAGGCGCGGAAGUCCAACAUCUCCUACAAGAACCCGGCGUUGAUGCCCAAGGAGCCGCACAUCCGCGAGAUGAAGAUUUACAUCGACAAGAAGUACGAGACGGUCAUCAUGCCCGUCUUCGGCAUCGCCACCCCCUUCCACAUCGCCACCAUCAAGAACAUCAGCAUGUCGGUGGAAGGCGACUACACCUACCUCCGCAUCAACUUCUACUGCCCAGGCAGCGCCUUGGGGCGCAACGAGGGCAACAUCUUCCCCAACCCCGAGGCCACCUUCGUCAAGGAGAUCACCUACCGCGCCUCCAACAUGAAGACCCCGGGCGAGCAGACGGUCCCGGCCCUCAACCUCCAGAAUGCUUUUCGCAUCAUCAAGGAGGUCCAGAAGCGCUACAAGACCCGAGAAGCUGAGGAGAAGGAGAAGGAGGGCAUCGUCAAACAAGACUCCUUGGUCAUCAACCUCAACAGGAGCAACCCCAAGUUGAAGGACCUCUACAUCAGGCCCAACAUCGCCCAGAAGAGGAUGCAGGGCUCGCUGGAGGCCCACGUCAACGGCUUCCGCUUCACCUCAGUGCGGGGCGACAAGGUGGACAUCCUCUACAACAACAUCAAACACGCCGUCUUCCAGCCCUGUGACGGCGAGAUGAUCAUCGUUCUCCACUUCCACCUCAAGAACGCCAUCAUGUUCGGGAAGAAGCGCCACACGGACGUGCAGUUCUACACGGAGGUGGGCGAGAUCACCACGGACCUGGGCAAGCACCAGCACAUGCACGACCGCGACGACCUCUACGCCGAGCAGAUGGAGCGGGAGAUGCGGCACAAGCUCAAGACGGCCUUCAAGAACUUCAUCGAGAAGGUGGAAGGUCUCACCAAGGAGGAGCUGGAGUUCGAGGUGCCCUUCCGGGAGCUGGGCUUCAACGGCGCCCCGUACCGCAGCACCUGCCUUCUCCAACCCACCAGCAGCGCCUUGGUCAACUGCACCGAGUGGCCGCCCUUCGUGGUCACCCUGGACGAGGUGGAGCUCAUCCACUUCGAGCGGGUCCAGUUCCACCUCAAGAACUUCGACAUGGUCAUCGUCUACAAGGACUACAGCAAGAAGGUCACCAUGAUCAACGCCAUCCCCGUCGCCUCCCUCGACCCAAUCAAAGAGUGGCUCAA